AUGUCCCCACAUGCCAUCAUUGAUAAAUACAACCUCACCAUAUCUUUACUCAUCACCAUAGCAUGGCAACUCACUGGGUUCGCAGUGGCGUGGACGUUGCAAUUCGAUAAAAUCACCGAUUUCACUGGUGGAUCAAAUUUCUUCAUAUUAGCUUUGAUCACUUUGACUACAGGAGGGACUUAUCAUGCGAGAAAUAUAGUCGCUUCAGUGUUGAUUAUGCUCUGGUCGGCCAGAUUGGCUGGGUUUUUGUUAUUCAGAGUCUUGAAAACAGGUAGCGACACCAGAUUCGACGAAAUGCGAUCACAUUUCUUCAAAUUCGCUGGAUUUUGGGGUUUCCAAAUCAUAUGGGUAUGGACGGUCUCUCUCCCAACGGUGAUUCUGAAUUCCCCAGCGGUAUCCGAUCUCAAUAGAGGAGGAGGGAAUCCUUCGUUUGGGACUGGACGUGAUAUUGCCGGAAUUAUCCUUUUCGCCAUUGGACUUUCCUGGGAGGCUUUAGGGGAUAUACAGAAGUACCUAUACAAAUCGUCCAAACCGCCCAAGGGACAACCAUGUACCAAAGGCUUAUGGUACUUUUCCAGACAUCCACCGUAUUUUGGAGAAAUCGUCCUUCAUUGGGGUAUUUGGAUAUUGUGUCUGUCACCAACCACCAAUGGCCAUAUUAGCUCUGGAGCUAAACGAGCGCAAUACACAGCUAUCGUCGCUCCUCUCUUGACAAUGGUUCUUCUACUUUUCCUCUCCGGUCUACCCACGGCCGAAAAACCAACAGCAAAGAAAUAUUAUCUCCUCUCUCAUUCUUCCUCUCCCUCUGAUCCAAACGCAUGGGAUAAUUACAAACGGUAUUUGAAACGAACGAGCAUCCUCAUCCCUUUUCCUCCUGCGAUAUACGUUCGUCUACCGGAGAUUAUCAAACGGACUAUUCUUCUUGAUUUCCCAAUGUAUAAGUUUGAUGAGGGUAAAGAUGGACGGGAAGCUUUGGCCGAGGAGGCGAGGAAGUAG